UCUUCACUAGUUCACCUGAAGUCCUGAACUACUCAUUGAAAGGAAUUGUGUAAAACAAAUAUGAAAGAAAUGAAUUCUACAAUUAAAAAUAACAUUUCAGAAUUAACGAAAUUAGCAAAAAAGUUUAAUUGUUUUUAUUUGUCAGGACUUCAUCAAGGAAUAUGUAAGCCCUUCUUAGUUGCUGGACACCAAGUGGGUCUUGUUCGUCCUGAUGUACUUAAACACCUUUAUAGAUUUCCUGAGGUCUUCAGAAUUACAGGUAAAGUUGUAGAACUCAAUCCUGCAUUCAGGGACUACCAAGAAAGAACAUCGAAAGUUGCUGAAGUUUUGCAAGGUUUGCGUAAAGAAAAUGAAAUAUUUGCGCUUAAAGGUUGGCGGGAUGAGUGUUUCGAGGUAAGCACUCCAUUUCAUCAUGAAAGUUUGCUCGAGAUGGAUAGGAGUGCAACGUGUUUAUUUGGUAUAAGAAACUAUGGCGUCAGUGUAAAUGGCUAUUUGUAUCAUCCUACAAAAGGACUUUGUAUUUGGUUACAACAAAGGAGCUUCACUAAGCAGACAUGGCCAGGUAAGUGGGAUUGUUUUGUUAGUGGUGGAUUAGCAGUAGGUUUUGGAGUUCUUGAGACGUGCAUAAAAGAAGUUGCAGAAGAAGCAUCUGUUGUAGGAGAGUUAGCAAAAAAGUUGGUGCCUGCCGGCUGUGUUAGCUUCUAUUUCGAAAGUGAAAGGGGGUUGUUUCCCAAUACAGAAUAUGUGUAUGAUCUUGAGCUUCCAUUGGACUUUGUUCCAAAAAAUGCAGAUGGUGAAGUAGAAACAUUUGAACUCUUGACUGCUGAAGAAUGUGUACAAAGAGCACUUACACCCCAAUUUAAGACCACAAGUGCCCCAGUUUUGAUGGAUUUUCUUAUUCGAAAAGGAUACAUUAAUCCUGAGAAUGAACCAAACUACAGAUACAUUGUGGAGUUACUUCAUGUCCCUCUGCAGACCAUUUACAACUGGCCAAAAACUGAUAUUUCAUCUAAUGGUGAUGUUCAAAACUUAGAAUGUUAAUCUUUUUGAAGCUGUGUACCUAGUUGGAUUUGAUUAUAAUAAUUAAGUUUGUUUCGAAAGUUAUUAGAUUGAUAUAUUUAUUCACACUUUUAUAUUUACUUAGACAUCUUCAAGGUAUUUCUAAUUCAUAAAUAAAUUAUCAGUGGCCUAAUUUGUAACUAGUAUUAGUUUUUAUGUGUAUUCUUUCGAAUGUAAUGAAAUAAAGACCAAGUCCUGAUAAUUUUAUAGUCUUGUUGGUAAUCACUAGAGACAGCGAUAGUUUAGCUAGGAACAUUUAAUUUCUGUGAUACUUUGCCAGUGUGGUAUAAGGUAUUUGUAUGUAAUUUUAGUUGAAUUAAUUACCUCUUUAAAAAUGUUUCCCAAUUUAACAUGUUGAAAUAAGAAUUUUGAAGAAAAUACCAGUGAAUAAUUUGUUACCUUGAAUGGUCCACGGUAUAAUCCGACGUCAUAAUCUAGUCAUGCUUAAAUGGUUUAAGAGGGUGGAUUCAGUAACUAUAUUUUUGGGUCUAAAAUGAGAUCAAUAUAGAAAUAUGAUAGUUGUAGGACUUAAAUAUUUAUCAACAUGUUGAAGUGUGAUACAUACGUAUUUUUUUGUUAGACUGGUUUUUGGUUUGUGAGGUUUUGGAUUACUUAUGUGAUAUCAAUGCGGCUAAGACCGGCAUAGUAAGGAAUAUGACAAACUUUACGAAUCGUGCCCAUCUUAGUAGAUAUGGUUGAUUCGAAGUUAUAAGUCAACUUGAUCUACACCUAACAAAUCUAUCAUAGUUUAUUUAUUUAUUUUUUUGUAGUAAAUGCAUUGGAUCCGCACUGAAAAAUAAUCCUUAGUACGAAUCCCGUUAAAACGACGUUAAUGUUUACGGCAAUUACUUAAUUAACUUACAUUAUAUAAUUUCCUCGUUCUUUCGCCUGCUUAGAUUAUGCACGAUUUUACGUAUAGCCGAUUCAUUAUUUAUAACAAGAGUUUGUUUGUUAUGGUCCAGCUACGUAUCUAUUUUCAUUAUAGUACUUUUUUGGUAGAUUUUUUUUAAUAUCCUAUAUUAUUGAUACAAAAUAUGUUUAAUGUUACUAUGCCAUAAAAGAAGGGAUUUUAAUUUUAUUACCAAUAUUUUAUUAUGAAGGAUGAUUUAUUGGUUUAAAUUUCAAUAUGAUCAUGUCGAUAUAAUUAUGUAGUGUAAUAAUUAAAUAUAGUGCGUGUAGUAUAAUGUUUGAAACGCUAGUGGUAUGUCGUGUAUCGUCGACAAUUUUAUACAUUUUUAUGAAGUAACGUUUUUGGCGAAAGAUCGAUCGAAGAUAUCGAUUAUUAUUAUACCACGUAGAUAUUAAAACUUGAUUUAUUAAUAAAUGUAAUCGUUUAUAUUUACUUCAUAUAGUUAAAUAGAAUGUCCUGAAGGGAUAAAUAAAACAAUAAUAAUUCA